CCCACUCGAUCAAGAAUUUCCUUUGCUCUGCAACCCGCACCCACAUAUAGAGAUAUCUUGUAUCUUGCACCAUUCGCUUCAAUCUACAGCACACCGGAUUCUUACGCACAUUAUCAACGCAGUACUUAAGACACUUACGCCAUAUAUCAAAGCAGCGCUCAAGAUACUUACGCCAAAUAUCAACGCAGUGUUUACACAUUGAAUUAUCUUGCACUUCUCAACCUCAAGAUAGUCACCAUGAUGAAUCUUAUGCACAGACUCUCGCCCCGAGCAAUUGGGAGCGGCAUCAAGAACCGAGUUUCAGGUCUAGCUACUCGCAAUGGGUCUCCUCACGCCAAGAUCCUCAAUGGCCUCACCAAACUCAGCAAGGUCGCAAAAGAAACCCGGUUUAAGAAACGGAAGUUCUGCAAAUUUUCGGCCACGGCACUGCUGAUAAUAUCGCAAAAUGGCAUCAACUUUCUGUACCAAGCCCUCGACCAGAUGUUUAAGCCAGUCAUGCACCGAAGACUCAACACGCCGCCUCUUGCUCUCGACACAGCCAUGGAUAUUGACGAAAUGCCUGACCAAGCACAAGAGCCAGAGCCGCCGUGCAUUCCGACAAUUAUUGUGACUGCCCCCAACGGAAUAGUGAAAGAACUUCAUAUGAUGCCUCCAUGGACGCACAUCACCAGAAACUACAACGCAUGGUGUCAGUCCAAGCAAUGGCAGAAGAGCUCGCUUCUGCAUCCUUACUUCUUGUCACGAGCUCAGAUUGCGGAGAUGGAAAGAUUGAGGCGUGAAGCUGACGAAAAAGAGAGACAAAGAUUGGAGGCUGAGCAAGCUGCAGCAUUGGCUCAAGAACAAAACUCGGAAUCGAAGAGCGAGGAGGUUUCGACACUUGCUAAUGAACAGACCCAAACAUCCGAGGGCGACAAGGUUUCGACCAUCCCUCAGGAACAGAAUCAGGGUUUGAGAAGCAAGAUGAUCUCAGCUUCCCCUCAAAAAGAGAACCAGGGGCUUAAGAGCAAGAAAAUUCCUUCGCCAUCCCGAAAUCAGAGUCCGUCUCUGAAGGGACCACAAACUCGCCCCCAAACUCCGCCACUGCCGCGAGAGCAACCUGAGCCUCUCUCCAUCAAGCGCUCACAUGCUGAAUGGAAAGCCAGAGAACUUCGAAAGAAAGAGCAAGCUCUAUCCCUAGAGCAGCCUCGAACUCCAGCACAAAAGCGAGAGCAACCUGAGGCUCUGCCCAUCAAACGCUAUUACGCUGAAUGCAAGGCCAAAGAACAGCUUCAGCAGAAAGAACGGGAGGUAACACCGCUUCAAAAGAAGGAUCAGAACCAAGCUCUUAAGCGGCAGCAAGCUUCACCACAGAAGCAAGAGCAGUCUGGGGAGAUGUCCAUCAAACGCCGCCAUUCCAAAUGCAAAGCCAGAGGAGAGCUUCGAAAGCAAAACCAGCCAGAAGCUGAUCCUGAGGAGAGAGCUUAUCCCGAAUUCAAGCCUCUAUCUUUUCCUCCAUUUCGUUAUCAGCAACGACUUCAAGCUAGAGCUUCGACUCGACACCCUCAAUUCACAUAACCGAUCUCGCUUUCUGAGACGGCCCCAUGCGAAGAUAGGGCAUUGCCACCACAAAUUGUAUCAUUCACAUGGGGGCUUUGGCGACUGCAAGCCUCGAACAGCGCUCCCUAGCAUUUGAUAACCACAACGAGUUUGAUGUACAACAAGCAAGCGAAUGAUUUUUUCUUAUCCUCGGCGGAUGGACGUGGAGGAGAGCGAGGAGACAGCGAUUGGUUUUUUGGGUGCAAUCUGCACUUUGUAUAUACAUGCUAAUUGGCACGCAAGGGAUUUAAGGAGGUUGGGGGGUUGGAAACAGUGGCCACGGCAGUUCUUGUCUUUGGCAAUCUUUGUUGUUUGGCUCGUUUCUGAAUUUAUGUGCUCCCCUUUCUUUCCUACUGUA